AUGAAUUUCUGCCACAAUGAAUGUGUCUACACCUCUCAUUACUGUGAAGAAAAUGUAUACAAACUCGUGGAAGCUAUGAAAUUGAGAGAUUCAUCCUUUGAAGUUUAUGUUGUUUUCAUAUCAAAUCAUGCAAAGAAAGUACCAUUGUUCUUCCAGAAGAGCGGUAAUCCUCCAGAGGGGUAUGUAGUGUGGGAUUAUCACGUUAUUGCCGUCGGGCGUUUAAAUCUGGAGUACAACUUUUGGGUCUAUGAUCUAGACACCACUUUGGAGUUCCCAUGUGACGUGACUCGUUACUGGUCCAAGGCAAUCAGACCCAAUUCCAUGUUUGAUCAGAAGUACGAGAGUUACUUUUUCAUAGUGAGUAGGGUGGUUGAAUUUUGGAUUGUUAACAUUGAUUACAGAUAUUUUCGGGUUGUGGAUGGGAGUAUUUAUCUUCGCCAUUUCGCCUCCGAUCGGAGCCACAUGCGCAGCUCCGUUGGUUGGCUGGCACCACCUCCGACAUAUGAGGCCAUCCGCACAUCCGAGUCAUCUCACAAUCUUCCCUGCUACAUUGAUUUUCCUAAACCCGCCGAGUGCUUUGAUCACUGUGUGAAUAACCAGUUGAAGUUACUGCCUUUUGGUACAGUACUCACAGAGGCCGCUUUUUGCUCAUUUUUUGCGAUAAAAGAUUGA